AUGAUGAUGGUGGUGCUGCCCAGCCUGGUGCUGGCCCUGCUCUGCCUGCUGCGGGCAGGGGCCGAGGUCCCCGUGCAGCCGGGCUUCGACGCCGAGAAGUUUGCAGGGACAUGGCAUGUCGCAGCCAUUGCUUCCAACUGCUCCGUGUUCCUGAAGAUGAAGGAUGGGAUGAAGUCAUCCAUCACUACUAUCAGCUUCACGCUGGAGGGGGAUGUGUCUAUGAAGCUCCUCUGGCCCAUGGCGGACAAAUGCCAAAAGUUUGAGCUGCUCUUCCAGCGAAGCGGGCAGGCAGGGCACUACGUGGCAGCACAAGAGAUGAGGGACCUGCGUGUGAUGGAGACGGAUUACAGCAGCUACGCCAUCGUGCACGAGUUCAAGCGGAGUGGAGAGGAGCCCCACAGCGCGAUGCAGCUCCUCACCAGGGAGCAGGACGUGAGCCCCCAGCUCCUGCAGAAGUUCAAGGAACUCAUGCCCACUGUGGGCCUGACCACAGACAUGAUGGCUGUCCUGCCCAAGUCAGAUCAGUGCACCAAGGAUAUCAGGUGAGCGUUGCGGGUGGAAGCUGGGUGUCCCUCGUGGCAUGGCCUGGGCUGAGCAGGGA